AUUGAUAAAGAUCUGAUGAUUGAUUUGAAAGCGGGUUUUAUUACAUCAAUGUCUUCCAUUUACUUACAUCAAAAUAUUCACUUCGAACGGGUUAAGAAGAGGCGGUACUGAAUGGGAUAAUAGGACAAUAAAGUGUGACACAUGGACAACAUACUAGUGUAACUGAUAUAUGGACGGUGUAUUGUGACAAUAAGACAAGUAGGGGAAUGAUUAAAAAAAUAAACAAUGUAAAGACCAUUUUACGAAAAUCACGUUCUUGUAAACGAAUUUUGUAGAAGAAAAAGUAAGCAUAGUUAUCUCCGGUUUGAAGGAUACAAACAGGGAGAGGCAGCACGCCUCCUUACAAGCAAGGAAAGAAACUUUCGCCCGUGGCUUACUAGUGUCAUGGCGUUCUGCGGGACAGCCUCCAUUUGGGCGAAGCUGGCGUUUGUUGCCAUAGUGAUCGGACUGAUCCUGUUUAUUGUGGGAUUCGCCACGCCCUCUUGGAUGGUGUACCAAAUCACGACCAGCAGUAUCAGGGUGGGCCUCUGGCGGAUGCGCUCAUGCUCCAACAACGCAUGUACAGACGAAGCGGUCAACUCUGCCUUGACAAAUGAUACGUUCAAGGCGGCGCAGGUGUUUGCGAUCUUCGCGUUCAUCAUGUUCCUGCUGUCGGCGGUAGCGGUGGGUGUGUACACGUUUGUCUCAGGGGCGCGUGGGAAGUGUAUCGCCAUCACCGCCGCCUCGUUCUGUCUUACCACAGGGUUGCUGGGUUUCAUCUGUAUGAUUGUAUGGCUGGUGUACGUUCAAGAUCCAUACGAAUCGUCUUGGUCCAUGGGACUGGUAGUCCUUGGUUCCAUCCUGGCGGCCAUCGCCGGGCUGCUUCUCAUACCAGAUGUGCUCGACAACAGCGCAUCCCCAAGGCGCAACCGAGCCGGCCCACAAGGAGGACGGUAUUACUGAGGGGAGCGGACUGACAUGUAGUGCCUGAAGUUGUCUUGGAAACGCUUUUGGAAUGUUCAUGAUUUAUAAAGAAUGUGUCUUAAACACAGAUAAUCUUGUUACUAAAUUUCAAUAUUGAUUGAUGACGCCUUAUAUAAUAUGAUUGAUAUAAAACUCCGGUCCAUUACUUCAACUAAUUGAAAGUUGAUUUUUCGCUGUUUAAAAAUGUAUUCCUAUUCUCUCGAAAUAUUAACAUAUGCACAGGCAGAAACUUUACGACUGUAUUUCUAUUUCAUUUUUUUUUUCAUUCGUGGACUCGGCUAAACUUUUAGAUUUUUCCCCUAUGAAUAACCUUUUUUCUGUCGUCCGCCAACGUGUGGCGGAAGCGGCCAAGAGCGUAGCUCCUUUUAUUCACCGACACAAUAACGACCAGUUCAACUGUCUGCAUGUUUAAUCGAACCAUUUCAGGUUGUAUGUAAUAUGGUCAUUUCAUACUAUUAAUUAUAUCAAAUCAUCUAGAAAAAUGCGUUUUUCAAGACCCGAAGCCUUGGACUCGCUCUUAAAUGAUUCAGUAUAGCUAUGUUUGACCAAAAUAUGUGUAAAUACUUGCUGGACAUGUUAUUAAUGUUCCUUAUAGAGCAAUGUUAAAAUAAAAGAAUAUUUCUA